GCUUUAGUGCAGUGCUCUGGCGAGUAGUCCUCCCUCAGCCGCAGUCUCUGGGCCUCUUCAGCUUGAGCGGCGGCGAGCCUGCUACACUCGCUAAGCUCCUCCGGCACCGCGCACUUGCCACUGCCACUGCCGCUUCGCGCCCGCUGCAGCCGCCGGCUCUGAAUCCUUCUGGCUUCCGCCUCAGAGGAGUUCUUAGCCUGUCCCGAACCGUAACCCCGGCGAGCAGAUGGAGCUGGACCAUAUGACGACCGGCGGCCUCCACGCCUACCCUGCCCCGCGGGGUGGGCCGGCCGCCAAACCCAAUGUGAUCCUGCAGAUUGGUAAGUGCCGAGCUGAGAUGCUGGAGCACGUACGGAGGACCCACCGGCAUCUGUUGACCGAAGUGUCCAAGCAGGUGGAGCGAGAGCUGAAAGGGUUGCACAGGUCGGUGGGCAAGCUGGAGAACAACUUGGACGGCUAUGUGCCCACGGGCGACUCACAGCGCUGGAAGAAGUCCAUCAAGGCCUGUCUCUGCCGCUGCCAGGAGACCAUCGCCAACCUGGAGCGCUGGGUCAAGCGUGAGAUGCACGUGUGGAGGGAGGUCUUCUACCGUCUGGAGAGGUGGGCCGACCGCCUGGAGUCCAUGGGCGGCAAGUACCCAGUGGGCAGCGAGCCGGCCCGCCACACUGUCUCUGUAGGUGUGGGGGGUCCAGAGCCCUACUGCCAGGAAGCUGAUGGCUACGACUACACUGUUAGCCCCUAUGCCAUCACCCCGCCACCUGCCGCAGGAGAGCUGCCUGAGCAGGAGUCAGUUGGGGCUCAGCAAUACCAGUCUUGGGUGCCAGGUGAGGAUGGGCAACCAAGCCCAGGUGUGGAUACCCAGAUCUUUGAGGACCCACGGGAGUUCCUGAGCCACCUGGAAGAGUACCUGCGGCAGGUGGGUGGCUCUGAAGAAUAUUGGCUGUCCCAGAUCCAGAACCACAUGAAUGGGCCAGCCAAGAAGUGGUGGGAGUUCAAACAGGGCUCGGUGAAGAACUGGGUGGAGUUCAAGAAGGAGUUUCUGCAGUACAGUGAGGGUACGCUCUCCCGCGAAGCCAUUCAGCGGGAGCUGGACCUGCCACAGAAGCAGGGUGAGCCACUUGACCAGUUCCUCUGGCGUAAGCGGGACCUGUACCAGACACUGUAUGUGGACGCUGAGGAGGAGGAGAUCAUUCAGUAUGUGGUGGGCACCCUGCAGCCCAAGUUCAAGCGCUUUCUGCGCCACCCACUCCCCAAGACCCUGGAGCAGCUCAUCCAGAGGGGCAUGGAAGUUCAGGACGGCCUGGAGCAGGCAGCUGAGCCUUCUGUCACCCCUCUGCCCACAGAGGAUGAGACUGAGGCACUCACGCCUGCUCUUACCAGCGAGUCAGUAGCCAGUGACAGGACCCAGCCUGAAUAGAGGGGCCAGCCCAGGGUCCCCAGCCUGCCUGCCACACCCAGUCUGUGGCUUUUGUCAACUAGGACUUGAUUGAGCUGGGGCUGACACCCAAGGGGAUGCCCUGUCCAGCCAGACACCUUCUCACCCACUGGCCUGACUCACAACUGCCACACAACCAUGAUUCAUGGACAUCAAGAAGCCCCUCUCCCAUAGGGCUCCCACCUGCCACCUACCCCUCACCUGUCUGCCCUAGUCCUGGCCCUGUCUCCAGUGGCCUCACCCUCUACACUCUCAGACCAUCAGAACACCUUUGGCUUCCUCAUUCUGCAUCAGUGUCCAGGGCCCUUUGGGUAGUCAAGAAAUCAAGUGUCUGAAAGGCAACGAAAAGUAGGCACCAAACCCAAGGGGCAUCCCAGGGCAGAUGCUAAAGCAGAAUCAGAGAUGGCCGAAGGAACCUCUACUUCCGGGGAUGCAGCCCGCUCCUACAGACACAGCAGAUCCAGCUGGUGCCCUACCUGCCUCCCAGAGCAACUGGCCAGUCUUGGGCAGCAUAGCUCCCCUCUCAGGGUGAGCUGAAGCAGCAGACCUGACGCGCUGGCGCCUCCUGGCCCCCAGUGAUUCAUACCAGUGAAGAAAAGCAGACUUCGGCUCCAUGACUCAGCCAUGCCAGGUGGAGGGUCCCAGAGGGGCUGAGUCCUCACCCCCAGCUGAGGCAGCAGCUGGAGUCUUCAGAGCCAGGAGAACGACACCAGGUCUCAAGCUGCUGAGAAGUCUUUCCGGCCAUGUCUGGAAGGGGUACCACCCCAGCACCAGCACCGUCCCCUCCUCUCUUGAAGCUGCCUGCACAGAGGUUCCAAGACACUUUCAAGGCAGAGAAAAUAGGAUUACAAAGAGGAGGUGCCUGGCAGAGGGCAGCACCCAGCUCAGCCUCAGAGCUGAAGGUGAAGACAAGCCAGCGUGAAACCCCGGGUCUGCCACGAAUGCCCGCUCCGCUGGCCACUCACCAGCUGCCUGCCACAAGCCACUGCAGCUUGAGCAGGGUCUGUGCCCUCUCAGCACAGAGCCCAGUUCGCUGCGUGGCCUUUGGCCCCCGCCAGAACCUUGCAGGAGCCUUAAGGUUCGGGCCCUAGCCCAGCCUGACCUUACCUGCUGUGCCCUGCCUGCCGGUCAAGUCCAGUCCCAGGAGACCCCAUGCCUUGGCUCCUAGGCUGUUCCAGGCACUUCCCUGACCUGCCGGGUGAUUGCCCAGCUGGAACCUCAUCCACACCCCAGCACCAACCACCUCGUGUUGGUAACUGCUCGUGUCUGCAGUCUGAGUAGGCCAUGUUGAGGUUCCUCCAUCUGCCUGGUCCAUUGGUGUUCUGAGACCAGUUCCACUGCUGUUCUGACAGAUCCCCCACCCUGUGCCCCUGCCAGCCCCCACAGGUUUAUUUUUGCACAUAAACCAUGACCCAUACUAAUUUGGCUAGCUCUGGGGACUAGGGAGACCCUGGAGAUCUCAAGAGUGUGGCUAUCCCCUAUUUUCACCAAGCCUUCAAUAUCCAGCCAGGCCAUCUGCCCACACCAUCUUACCUCAAAGACAGACAUAUAUAUAUAUAUACAUAUAUAUGAUUUUGUUAAUAAAACUAUGAAAUUUA